AUAUUCUUCUUCUUUCGGUAUUUUACUUUGUUUACUUCAAACAUUCCGAAUCGAGAAUGAUAAGAAGUGAUAGCGAAUAUGAAGCUCGUUUAAACCGAGAAAAAAAUUGUGGCGCGAAUCUAUCGAAGUUGAUAAAAAUGAUGAAACAACUUGACUAUGUUGAUAAUUGAAACUAAAUUACUUGAUUAUCAUUUAAUAUGUUUUUGGAACAUUAAUUUUAAAAUGAUAGCUAUUACUUAACAUUAGUAUUUUAGAAAAGGAGUAGGAAUCGACUUUGAACGAGAAGAUAAGGGCAAUUAUUUAUAAGAACGUACAGCGUUUAAUACAUAUUGCUUUAUGACAACCACUUUACGAUAAGUACGUGGCUGGACCAUUUAUAACACAAGACAUAGUAUAGAAAAUCAGUUCGUGUUUCGCAAACACUUGCGGUGGAAUGUCGCCGCUCCUUGUUGUUAUAUUACUUGUCCUCAUAGGAUACAAGUUUUAUUUAUUCAUCACUACUCCACCACCAAACACACCACCAUGUCUUCCGCGAAUACCUUUUAUGGGAUCUUACUGGCACCUACUGUGGGGGAACUACAAAUUUCCUCACAAGAGUGUCACUUAUUAUGUGAAUAAAUUGAAAUCGAAAGUUGUCGCAUGCUACUUAGGUCCCUUUUAUACUAUCAUUGCAAAUGACUACGAAAGUAUCAAAGAAGUAUUCAAGAAAGAGGACUUCGAUGGCAGACCCAGCGACCUCCACAUCGCGAAGGCGAGGGCUUUCGGAGAGAAAUUAGGAAUCUUCUUCACCGAGGAAUUGUUUUGGCAAGAACAAAGGAGAUUUGCUCUCCGGCACAUGAGGGAUUUCGGGUUCGGUAGAAGACAUAAUAAAUACGAAGAAGUCGCAAUGGAGGAGAUUACGCAACUUAUCGAUAUGUUAAAAGAGGGGCCCAUUAACGAAACAGAAAAGACAUUCUUGAAGAAAGGUUACGCGCUUUUCCCAGACAUCCUGUUUCCCUACUCGGCAAACAGUAUAUGGAACAUAAUGUUUGGGUACAGAUUCGAUCGCUCGGAACACCAUAAGGUGAGAUACCUUUGCGAGUCUGCUAUGAUAUUCCAAAGGGCUGCGGAUACCACAGGUGCAGCAAUCUUCCAAAGAGAAGUCUACAAAUAUUUCGGAGAUAUGUUCGGUUACAAGAGCAUUAUGGAAGGAAAUUACCGCAUAGUAAACUUCGUCAAAAAAUAUCUGAGUAAACAGGAAGUCUCGUAUGAAGACAAGGGGUUGGUAGAUAUAUACUUGAAGGAAAUGAAGAAACGAGAUGUAACGUCUACUUUCUCGGAAAAGCAGUUGAUUAUGACUCUAGUGGACAUGAUGUUCCCAGCUUUAUCAGCGAUGCCAAGUUCAGUUGUCCACCUUAUUAAACUUGUCAUGCAUCACCCGGAAGUCAUGAGAAAGGUGCAAGAGGAAAUAGACACAGUGGUUGGAACUGGAAGACACGUUAAUUGGGGAGACAGGCAGAAUUUACCAUACACGGAAGCAACGAUACGCGAGAGUUUCAGGUACGAAACUCUGACGCCGUUUGCUGUGUUUCAUAAAACAUUAAAGGACACUACCCUAGGUGGAUAUAAUGUUUCCAAGAGUACACUAGUUAUCACAAACUUAGCGGGGAUGCACAAAGAUCCUGACUUAUGGGGCGAUCCAGAGAAUUUUAGACCUGAAAGAUUUCUCAAUGAAAACGGCCUAUUGGGCAAGGAUCUCUCGUUUCCUUUUGGCUUUGGCCACCGCGUGUGCGCAGGAGAAACAUUCGCAAGAUACAAUAUCUUCGAAAUGUUUGCAGCGCUGAUGCAAAACUUUAAUUUGUCGUUUGUAGAGGGUCAACCGACAAAACCAGAAGAUAAGCUACCCGGUUUGAUCGUUACACCGAAAGAAACGUGGAUUCAAGUGGAGCCUCGUCGCUAAUCAAUUUCUAUACCUACAUAUUACAUAUCCAAAAUAAAACGUGUGCGUACGAGU